UCCAUCAUUCUUCUGCCUGCCCCUUUAUAUUUCCUGCUUUCAUUUUCUCCUUUUUGAUUUCUUCUCUCCUUCCCGUUCUUGAUACCUGCUUACUCUCUGAAUAUUCUAGUGCCUUUGUGUUUGCUAGAGUGAAAUUCAGAUGAUAAAUCCUGCUAGUUCCCUUUUAAGGGAGAGCAAGAAUGGAGCUUUCUAGCUGUAUGCAUUAACCAAUCUCAUGUUUUGAUGAAAAGAGAUAUAAUAAGGGAAAGCUAGAAAUUGACUAGCAUAUCUGUCCUUUUCUGCAGGUCUCCUUCACAGACAAGGAAAAUUACAAAGCAGCUAUUCUGAAUAAACAACCAUUUCAGCUUAAAAGGGGAGAACAGCAUAUGACAAAGCAUGUGAAAUGGUUCUGAAACUCAAUUUUGGUGAUGGCUGUGGUUGCUCGUCUCUUGAAAUCGAUGUCCCAGUUGAUUUUAAGGUUUCUAAUGACUGCAUCAACUUUGACAAGGACGUCAUAUUCCAAAAACUGAGAGACAAGGCAAUUCGCAAAUCAAAAUGCCGUCAGAAUGCUGUUGUUGAGAGAAAGACAAUCUUGACACCUAGAACUGAUGUCACUACCUAUGCCAUUGUGACCAAUGUUGUUCAGUACAAUAAAACAUGUAAAGAAGCUCUUGAUUCUGUUAGCAAUGGUGAUGUUAAGAAAAGAAAAGCAAGCGUGACUGGUAAAAGAUCUUCCAGGAAGCGUUCAAAAGGGUCCAAAGUGUAAAUCAAGAUCAGAGAAGGGUUAGAAUUAGGUUUGUAUGUAUGAUGCUGAUAUCAAACAGGAGAACUGACAGAAUUGACAAAAUGUAGAGACUGGGUGAAUUUUGUUAGAUGUUACACUCAGUCCCCUCUAAAUGGUGUCCCAAAUGCUGAAAACUUGACUGUAAUUAUUACUAAGCUUAGUGGGUUAUUUUUUUGGUGUGGCUUUUGGGAUGUUUUUUCUGAAAAAUUAUAUGUACUUCUCUGGUUUUAUUGAUCUUUGUGAAGUCACUUGGAUUCCAUCACUAGAAACAUGUAUUUCUUUGCGUUAAAUUUAAUGGAAAAAUUUAUUAUGCUCAUCUAAAAACUUGUGUAAGGUUGCACAUUGGUCUUUUGACCCACUAUAGCAAGUUUAAAAAAAAAACAAAAAACAUAUUUUCUUAAUUAAGCAUUUAUUUUUAAUUAAUUAAAAAAGAAAACAUUUAUCCUUAAUCUUAAUCUGUUCCUCUUCCUCUUUAUCAAAAAAAAAAUAUGUUCCUCUUCUCUCUCCCUUCAUCACCUCUUCUCUCUUUGUCUUCCCCACAGACCUUUCUCCUUCAUCUCCUCUGUUAUUCUCACCAACAACCCAAAAAAAUUCAUAUCUGAAAAAAAAACCAUCCAACCGCACCGACCUUCGCCGUUGGGGCUGCAUCUCCGUGGGUGGCCUUCGCCGUUAAGUUGCAUCUCCCUCUUGAUCUGGAUCUCGUUCAACAGCCGUGGGUCGAGAAAGAAGAUCUGAGGGUGAUAUGGAUUUUGGAGAGAAAAGGCGUGACGGCGGUGGCAGAGAGAAGAAGCCCAUCGCACCCCA